AUCAUUCUGGUUGUCUCCUGUCUUGUUAUGCAUCUCACCGAACUAGAUCAGGAGUGUUUGCAACACCUUUUUUCAUACCUAGAUAAGGACAGUUGCCGCAGCCUGUCCCUGACCUGCGUACAACUAAGACAGGUCUUCCUGGACCCACAGCUGUGGACGCUACUUCACUUUAGGUCUCCGUGCGAGCUGAGGAGGGACAACUAUGUUCUGGGCUCUUCGCUAAGGUACCUGGCUGUAUGCUGGCACUCGAGCAGGGUCAGAGUGUGCAACAUUGAGGACUGGAUGAAGACCACAUUCCAGAAGGACCUCUGCAGGAAGCACGAGAGCCUCGUCACUGACUUCCUGGAGCGUGUUUGCCACAUGUGUCCGAAUCUACUCUCACUGACUCUGUCUGGAUGUGGGCACAUUACGGACCGUGAUGUUAUUAACGUGCUACAAAGCUGCAAGAAGCUACACAGCCUUAGUCUAGAAAACUGCGCUCGGAUGACUGACUCUGUCCUCCAGGCUGUCGUGAACCACGGCCACAGUCUCACAGACAUGAGGGUGGACUUCUGUCGCAAUGUGACCCAGGCAGGGCUGCAGGAGGUCAGGGACAAGAGACCAGAAGUGCAUCUGAGCGCGUUACACAGUGGCGAUAUGAUUCCAGACAGCAAACCUGAGGAGAAAACACAGAUCAGGAGAGCUCUGCAGAAGUUCUUGAUGUUCUCCUGACAGCUAGAGGCUACCUAGAGACUUCAUGACAAAUUGAGGUUCACAACACUGUCCAGUGCAAUUAUUAUCCAGUUUUAUUUUCUCACAGUUUCUUUUGUAAUUUCAAAAGUUUCCAUGAGAGUCAGUCUUCAUCUCUAAAGUUUUCAUUCCAAUUUCAUUUUCCUUGUUGACAUUCAUUCUUCCAACCUUUCUACUACUUUAUUUCAUCAGCAAAUUCAUUCUCCUUUCAAACUCAUUCUUUGUUUCUUCUCUGGGUUGUUUUUCAUUUGUUUGUUUGUCCAUUUGACUCCAUGAAAUGACUCAGCGGUCAAGUACACAGUACAAAGACUAAGUAUUCAAUAUGCAGGGCAGUGGCCCAGUCUAAAAAUUUCAACCAUAUCUUAGAUUUUGAUAAUAAAACAUUUGCGAACUCUGUGAAAGACAGUAUUUAUUAAAAGCACAGCAUGUUUUGGUUGCAUAAUCUAGGUUAGUUCUGGAACAACUCAUAGCUGGUUAUCCUCAUUGCGGGUUUUGUACUUCCUCCUAGUUAUGCAAGAACAAUAUUUGACAGAGCACAGGUUUACAUACAGCCUUUCAGCAUGACAUUUAUUAAGCAAUAAGGUACAAGAGACCAUACUACAUUGUGAAUAUA